CGGAAUUGGUGAAAAAUGCCCCUGGCGGGGUCACGUGAUCCUCCCUCAGCACUUCCCGCCCGGCAGCUCUCGCGAGACCUCGCGCUUCCCUCCGCCAGCGCUCUCCCGAGAUCUUGCCCUCCAGACGAAGAGGGCGACCUCCACUCUCGCGAGAUCUGGGAGCCGCGCUCAGCCGGCGCUCUCGCGAGAGCCGCGCGCGCCGCCGCCGUUCCCGCCGCUGAGGCAGCGGCCGCGCUCCCCCCGCCCUCCCUCCCCCUCCCGCCCGGGGCCGCUCUCCCGGGGCCGCCCUCGCUUCUCUCUCUCUUUCCGCGCGCCUCUCGCGAGGCUUCGGGGCCGCGCUGCCGCCAGCGCCUCGCGAGAUCUCGCUCUCAUCAGCGUGCCGCAGCUCCCGGCUCCCUCCCCCUCUCAGCGACCGGGCCGGGCCGAGGAUGGACUGGGAGUGAUUCCCGGCGGAGCACGAGGACCAGAACCCCCAAAAUGAAAGUGGAUCGGACGAAACUGAAGAAAACCCCCACGGAGGCGCCCGCCGACUGCCGGGCCCUCAUCGAGAAGCUGAAGGGCUGCAGCGAUGAGCAGCUGGUGACAGAACUGCAGCAGAUCAAGACAUGGAACAUUGGGAAGUGCGAGCUGUACCACUGGGUGGACCUGCUGGACCGCUUCGACGCGCUGCUGGCCGAGGCGGGCCGGCCGGUGGAGGCCAUGAGCUGGAUGCUGGCCUGCGACCGGCCCGAGCGCCAGCCCCUCAAGGCCCUGCUGCUGGCCCUGCUCAACUUCACGGCCCUGCUCAUCGAGUACAGCUUCUCCCGCCACCUCUACAGCUCCAUCGAGCACCUGACCACGCUGCUGGCCUCCUCGGACAUGCACGUGGUGCUGGCCGUGCUCAACCUGCUCUACGUGUUCAGCAAACGCUCCAACUACAUCACCCGCCUGGGCUCCGAGCGCCGCGGGCCCCUGCUGGCCCGCCUGCAGCACCUGGCCGAGAGCUGGGGUGGAAAGGAGAAUGGAUUCGGGCUGGCUGAGUGCUGUCGGGACCUGCACAUGAUGAAAUACCCCCCCAGUGCCACCACCCUGCACUUUGAGUUCUACGCCGAGCCGGGCGUCGAGGUGAAGGUGGACAAGAGGGCCACCAGCACCACCCUGCACUACAUCCACAUCGAGCAGCUGGACAAGAUCUCAGAGAGCCCCUCGGAAAUCAUGGAGUCCCUGACCAAGAUGUACAGCAUCCCCAAGGACAAGCAGAUGCUGCUGUUCACCCACAUCCGCCUGGCCCACGGCUUCUCCAACCACAAGAAGCGGCUGCAAGCGGUGCAGGCGCGGCUCCACGCCAUCUCCAUCCUGGUGUACUCCAACGCGCUGCAGGAGUCGGCCAACAGCAUCCUGUACAACGGGCUGAUCGAGGAGCUGGUGGACGUGCUGCAGAUCACUGACAAGCAGCUGAUGGACAUCAAGGCGGCCUCCCUGCGGACGCUGACGUCCAUCGUGCACCUGGAGCGCACGCCGAAGCUCAGCAGCAUCAUCGACUGCACCGGCACCGCCUCCUACCACGGCUUCCUGCCCGUGCUGGUGCGCAACUGCAUCCAGGCCAUGAUCGACCCUUCCAUGGAGCCCUACCCCCACCAGUUUGCCACGGCGCUCUUCUCCUUCCUGUACCACCUGGCCAGCUACGACGCGGGCGGCGAGGCGCUGGUGUCGUGCGGCAUGAUGGAGGCGCUGCUCAAGGUGAUCAAGUUCCUGGGGGACGAGCAGGACCAGAUCACAUUUGUCACGCGGGCAGUGCGGGUGGUGGAUCUCAUCACCAACCUGGACAUGGCCGCCUUUCAGUCACACAGCGGGCUGUCCAUCUUCAUCUACCGCCUCGAGCACGAGGUGGACCUGUGCCGCCGUGAGUGUCCCUUUGUCAUCAAGCCCAAAGUGCAGCGCCCGCCCGCUGCCACCCUGCCCGAGGGCGAGGACAUGGAGACGGACAUGGAGGUGACCGACGUGGCCAUGGAGAGCAGCCCCGGCCCCUCGGCUGAAGCCCGGCCAGACCCGGUGCCACCAGCCCCGCCAGCCGUGCCCAGCACCAGCGCUGCCACCCCCUCCCCACGCGGCGGAGUGCAGUGCAUCCCCCAGCGCGCCGCUUUGCUCAAAUCCAUGCUGAACUUCCUCAAAAAAGCCAUCCAAGACCCCGCCUUCUCCGACGGCAUCCGGCACGUGAUGGACGGCUCACUGCCCACCUCGCUGAAGCACAUCAUCAGCAACGCCGAGUACUACGGCCCCUCGCUGUUCCUGCUGGCGACCGAGGUGGUGACGGUCUUCGUGUUCCAGGAGCCCUCGCUGCUGUCCUCGCUGCAGGACAACGGCCUCACCGACGUCAUGCUGCACGCUCUGCUCAUCAAGGACGUGCCGGCGACGCGGGAGGUGCUGGGCUCGCUGCCCAACGUGUUCAGCGCGCUGUGCCUGAACGCGCGGGGGCUGCAGAGCUUCGUGCAGUGCCAGCCCUUCGAGCGCCUCUUCAAGGUGCUGCUGUCCCCCGACUACCUGCCCGCCAUGCGCCGCCGCCGCAGCUCCGACCCCCUGGGUGACACAGCCUCCAACCUGGGCAGCGCCGUGGACGAGCUGAUGCGGCACCAGCCCACGCUCAAGACUGAUGCCACCACUGCCAUCAUCAAGCUGCUGGAGGAGAUCUGCAGCCUGGGCCGGGACCCCAAGUACAUCUGCCAGAAGCCGUCGAUGCAGAAGGCGGACGGGACGGCGGCCGCGCCGCCCCCGCGCUCGCCCCACGCCGCCGAGGAGGCCUCGAGCGAGGAUGAGGAGGAGGAGGAAGUGCAGGCCAUGCAGAGCUUCGGGGCUGCCCAGCAGAGCGAGGCAGAGCCCAGCCAGACUGUGGUAGGCACGGAGGAACGCAUCCCCAUCCCGCUCAUGGACUACAUCCUCAAUGUGAUGAAGUUCGUGGAGUCCAUCCUGAGCAACAACACCACUGAUGAUCACUGCCAGGAGUUUGUGGCCCAGCGGGGGCUGCGGCCGCUCGUCACCAUCCUGGGGCUGCCCAACCUGCCCGUGGACUUCCCCACCUCUGCAGCCUGCCAGGCCGUGGCUGGGGUCUGCAAAUCCAUCCUGACUCUCUCCCACGAGCCCAAGGUGCUGCAGGAGGGGCUGGUGCAGCUGGAGGCCGUGCUGUCGGCACUGGAGCCGCUGCACCGGCCCAUCGAGGCCCCGGGGGGCUCGGUGCUGCUGCGGGAGCUGGCCGGGGCCGGGGCCGUGCCCGACGCCACGCUCUCAGCCCAGGCCACCCCCCUGCUGCACGCGCUGACCGCCGCCCACGCCUUCAUCAUGAUGUUCGUGCACACCUGCAGGGUGGGACAGAGCGAGAUCAGGGCCAUCUCAGUGAACCAGUGGGGAUCCCAGCUGGGGCUGAGCGUGCUGGGCAAGCUGAGCCAGCUCUACUGCUCCCUGGUGUGGGAGAGCACCGUGCUGCUGUCCCUCUGCACCCCCAACAGCCUCCCCCCAGGCUGUGAGUUUGGCCAGGCUGACAUGCAGAAACUCGUCCCCAAGGAGGAGAAAACGGCCCCCAGCCCCCCCCAGGGUGGCCGCAGGGCAGAGGGCGAGGCAGAGGGCCCAGGCGCCUCGGGGGGGGCAGGCAGUGACCCCCCCCCAGCCCAGGGGCUGCUGGAGGGGAUGGGGCUGGAGGGGGAGCCCCUGGCCCCCAUGGAGACGGACGAGCCCAGCACCAGCGACCCCAAAGCCAAGGCCAAGAUCACCCCAGCCAUGGCCGCCCGCAUCAAACAGAUCAAACCCCUGCUCUCCGCCGCGCUGACCCGGCUGCUGACCAAGGGGCUGAGCUGGCAACCGCCCCCCUACACCCCCACGCCACGGUUCCGGCUGACGUUCUUCAUCUGCUCGGUGGGGUUCACGUCGCCCAUGCUGUUCGACGAGCGCAAGUUCCCCUAUCACCUCAUGCUGCAGAAAUUCCUCUGCUCCGGCGGCCACAACGCCCUCUUCGAGACCUUUAACUGGGCACUGUCCAUGGGGGGCAAGGUGCCAGUUGGGGAGGGUCUGGAGCACCCUGACCUGCCGGAUGGCACUGGCGAGUUCCUGGACGCGUGGCUGAUGCUGGUGGAGAAGAUGGUGAACCCCAGCACGGUGCUGGAGUCCCCCCACGCGCUGCCUGCCAAGGCCCCCCCGCAUGGACACCCCCCCUUCAGCGCCCUGCGCUUCCUCGUGGUCACCCAGAAGGCUGCGUUCGCCUGCAUCAAGCAGCUGUGGCAGCGGCGGCCGCUGAAGGUGUACGGCGGGCGCAUGGCCGAGUCCAUGCUGGCCAUCCUGUGCCACAUCCUGCGGGCCGAGCCGCUGCUGCGCGAGCGCCUGGGCCGCGAGAGAGAGGGGCCCGCGCCCGACGAGCCCGGCGGCGACGAGGGGGGUGCCCGCAGGGAGCCCCACGUCAACCAGCAGCAGCUGCAGCAGCUGAUGGACAUGGGUUUCUCCCGGGAACACGCCAUGGAGGCGCUGCUCAACACCAACACCAUGGAGCAGGCCACGGAGUACCUGCUCACCCACCCACCCCCGCUCAUGGGGGGCUCAGCACGGGACCUGAGCAUGUCGGAGGAGGAUCAGAUGAUGAGAGCCAUCGCCAUGUCCCUGGGCCAGGACAUCCCCAUGGAGCAGCGCGCCGAGUCCCCAGAGGAGGCCGCGUGCCGCAAGGAGGAGGAGGAGCGGCGGGCGCGGGAGCGGCAGGAGGAGGAGGAGGCCAAGUGCCUGGAGAAGUUCGAGGGGGCCGAGCCGCUGGAGGCGGCCGAGCUCGGGGCCUUCACGGACUCCAUGCUGCCGGGCUGCUCGCAGCUGCUGGACGAGCUGCCCGACACCGUGUACCGCGUCUGCGACCUGCUGAUGACGGCCGUGCGCCGCAACGGCCCGGCCUACCGGGACAGCGUGCUCAAACAGGUGGUGCAGCAGGUGUGGGAGGCGGCCGAUGUCCUGAUCAAGGCGGCCGUGCCGCUGACCACCAGCGACACCAAGACGGUGUCGGAGUGGAUCAGCCAAAUGGCCACCCUGCCCCAGGCCUCCAACCUGGCCACGCGCAUCCUGCUGCUCACCCUGCUCUUCGAGGAGCUGAAGCUGCCCUGUGCCCGUGUGGUGGAGUCCAGCUGCGUGCUGGACGUGCUGAUCAAGCUGCUGGAGGUGGUGCAGCCCUGCCUGCAGGCUGCCAAGGAGCACAAGGAGGUGCAGACCCCCAAGUGGAUCACCCCUGUGCUGCUGCUGAUUGAUUUCUAUGAGAAGACGGCCGUGUCCUCCAAGCGCCGCGCGCAGAUGAACAAGUACCUGCAGGCCACUGGCAACAACUGGCGCUGGUUCGACGACCGCUCGGGCCGCUGGUGCAGCUACAGCGCCAGCAACAACAGCACCAUCGACGCGGCCUGGCGCGCCGGGGAGCCCAGCGUGCGCUUCACGGCCGGCCGGCGGCGCUACACCGUGCAGUUCACCACCAUGGUGCAGGUGAACGAGGAGACCGGGAACCGGCGCCCGGUGAUGCUGACGCUGCUGAGACCCCCCCGGGCCGGGAAGGGCCGCGACGAGGGGGGGGCCGAGGACCCUGAGGGGAAGAACAAGGAUGAGACCCCCGCCGCAGACCCCCCUUCUACAGAUGAAGACCCCCCCUCUACCACCACCACCACCACCAGCACCACCACCACUCCCACCGCCCCCUGCCCAUCCCCUCCGUGCCCCACGCCGACCCCCGAGGAGCCGCGGGAGGACGCCGACGCCGAGGCUCCGGUGCGGGGCCUGGCGGAGGAGGCGGUGCCGGCCGUGCUGCGGGCGUGUGUCAGCAUGCUGGGGGUGCCGGUGGACCCCGACACGCUGCACGCCACGCUGCGCCUGUGCCUGCGCCUGACGCGGCAGCACAAGCACGCGCUGCUGUUCGCCGAGCUGCGCUCCACCCGCACCAUCCUGGCGCUCACGCAGAGCUCCGGCUUCACCGGCUUCACCCCGCUGGUCACGCUGCUCUUCCGGCACAUCAUCGAGGACCCCUGCACGCUGCGGCACACCAUGGAGAAGGUGAGGGCUGGGGAGGGGGGAUUUGGGGCUGGCUGCAUCCGCAUCGCCCUGCCCGCGCCGCGCGGCUCCGGCACCGCCUCUGACGACGAGUUCGAGAACCUGCGGAUCAAGGGGCCCAACGCGGUGCAGCUGGUGAAGACCACGCCGGCCAAGGCGGCCGCGCUGCCGCCCAUCCCCGAGCCCAUCCGCGACGUCAUCUACGACAUGCUCAACGCCCUGGCCGCCUACCAUGCCCCCGACGAGGGUGACAAGGGGGACCCCAAGAGCGCGGCGCCCAGCGAGGUGAGCCAGCUGCUGUCGGACAUUGGGGACGACAUGUACCAGCAGUACCGCAGCCUCACCCGCCCCCCCGCCGACUUCGACCCCCCUGCCGGCUUCGCCAUCAAUGCCCAGGUUUUUGCUGCUGACGGAGCUGCUGCAGAGACGCCACCCUCGGGAACCCCCCAGGGAGAAGCAUCCAGCCCCGAGGAGGGCCGCGAGGGCCGCAAGGAGAAGGAGGGGGAGCGUGGGGAGGAGCGGGGCCGGGCGCGGGGCUCCAAGCCCCUGAUGCCCACCUCGACCAUCCUGCGGCUGCUGGCCGAGCUGGUGCGCUCCUACGUGGGCAUCGCCGCCCUGAUCGCCAACUACAGCUACAGUGUGGGCCAGUCCGAGCUCAUCAAGGAGGACUGCAGCGUGCUGGCCUUUGUCCUGGACCACCUGCUGCCCCACCAGCAGAACGCCGAGGACAAGGACACGCCGGCGCUGGCGCGGCUCUUCCUGGCCAGCCUGGCCGCGGCCGGCAGCGGCACCGAUGCCCAGGUGGCCCUGGUCAACGAGGUCAAGGCCGCCCUCGGCCGCGCCCUGGCCAUGGCUGAGAGCACCGAGAAACACGCCAGGCUCCAGGCCGUCAUGUGCAUCAUCAGCACCAUCAUGGAGUCGUGUCCGUCCACCUCGAGCUUCUACAGCAGCGCGGCCAAGCCGCCCCACAACGGCAUGAACAACAUCAUCCGCCUGUUCCUCAAGAAGGGGCUGGUCAACGACCUGGCCCGUGUGCCCCACAGCCUCGACCUGUCCAGCCCCAACAUGGCCAACACGGUGAACGCGGCGCUGAAGCCGCUGGAGACGCUGUCGCGCAUCGUGAACCAGCCCAGCGGGCUCUUCGGGGCCAAGGGCUCCUCCAGCAAGAGCAAGGCCGAGGGCAACGGGGGCGCCCGCGAGGCGGGGUCUGCACCCCCCGAUGGAGGGGACCCCGGGGACCCCGAGCCCCCCGAGGAGGACGCGGAGGCGGCGCAGGCCGAGGCGGCCGACGGGGACAUGGACGGCGAGGCCGAGGGGGACACGGUGGUGCUGGCCGGGCAGCCCGAGGGGCUCAGCACCCAGGAGAUGCAGGUAGAGAAUGAGCUGGAGGAUCUCAUUGACGAGCUGCUGGAGAGGGACGGCGCCGACGGCAACAGCACCAUCAUUGUGAGCCGCUCGGCCGAGGACGAGUCGCAGGAGGAUGUUCUGAUGGACGAGGCUCCGUCGAACCUCAGCCAGGCCUCCACGCUGCAGGCCAACCGUGAAGAUUCCAUGAACAUCCUGGACCCCGAGGAUGAGGAGGAGCACACGCAGGAGGAGGACAGCAGCGGCAGCAACGAGGACGAGGAUGACAGCCAGGACGAGGAGGAGGAGGAGGAAGAGGAGGAUGAGGAUGAUCAGGACGAUGAGGAGGGUGAGGAAGGUGAGGAGGAGGAGGAUGACGAUGAUGGCUCAGAGAUGGAGCUGGAUGAGGAUUACCCCGACAUGAACGCCUCGCCCCUCGUGCGCUUCGAGCGCUUCGACCGCGACGACGACCUCAUCAUCGAGUUUGACAACAUGUUCUCUGCUGACAUCCCGCCGUCCCCGGGGAACAUCCCUGCCAGCCACCCUCUGCUGGUGCGGCACGCGGAGCACGGGGGGCUGGGGCUGGGGGCCGGCCCGGGGGGCGCCCGCCUGGCCCAGGGGCUGGGCCGGAGCCAGCGCACGCUGCGGCAGCUCACGGCCAACGCCGGCCACACCAUCCACGUGCACUACCCAGGGGCACGGCAGCCAAACCCGCCCCUGAUCCUGCAGCGGCUCCUGGGCCCCUCGGCGGCCGCGGACAUCCUGCAGCUGAGCAGCAGCCUCCCGCUGCAGAGCCGGGGCCGGGCGCGGCUGCUGGUGGGCAACGAGGACGUGCACAUCAUCGCCCGCUCCGACGACGAGCUGCUGGACGACUUCUUCCACGAGCAGGGCAGCGCGGGCAGCCAGGCAGGGACCCUGUCCAGCAUCCCCACGGCCCUGACGCGCUGGACCGAGGAGUGCAAGGUCCUGGACGCCGAGAGCAUGCACGACUGUGUGUCUGUGGUCAAGGUGCCCAUCCUGGCCCGGCUGGAGGCGCUGCGGGACGAGGAGCUGGACGAGCGGCGCGAGAAGCGCCGGCGCCAGGCGGCCGAGGACGAGGCCAAAGGCGCCGAGCGCGGCCCCGAGGACAAGGACGGGGCAGAGGCCCAGGACGCGGCGUCCAAAGCCGGCCCCGCUUCGGCCGACGUCACCCCCCCAGGUAAAUCCCCCCAGCUCACCUGGACCCCCCCCCAAACCUUUCAGGGGGUGCCCAUCCUGGCCCGGCUGGAGGCGCUGCGGGACGAGGAGCUGGACGAGCGGCGCGAGAAGCGCCGGCGCCAGGCGGCCGAGGACGAGGCCAAAGGCGCCGAGCGCGGCCCCGAGGACAAGGACGGGGCAGAGGCCCAGCCGGCCCCGCUUCGGCCGACGUCCGCCCUCCCUUCCACUCCUGCCCCCCCCGACACCGCUCAGCCUCCGGACGAUAGCUCCCCCCCGGCCUCAUCCUCGGAGAGUUCAUCCACCCGGGACUCAGCCGGGGCCAUUUCUGGGGCCGACUCGAGGGGGAUCCUGGAGGAGCCGCUGCCGUCCACCAGCAGCGAGGAGGAGGAUCCGCUGGCCGGGAUCAGCCUCCCCGAGGGCGUGGACCCGUCCUUCCUGGCGGCGCUGCCGGACGACAUCCGGCGGGAGGUGCUGCAGAACCAGCUGGGGAUCCGCCCACCUGCACGGGCCCCGCCCACCGCCAGCCCCGCCCCACCCGUGGUGGCCAACCCCGGCCUCACCGAGGUCAGCCCCGAGUUCCUGGCAGCGCUGCCCCCGGCCAUCCAGGAGGAGGUGGUGUCCCCAGUCCGUGCCGUGUCCCCGCUGUGUGACACCGGUGUCCCUGUCCCCGCAGCGUUCACCAGCCGGCUCAGCGGGAACCGGGGCGUUCAGUACACGCGGCUGGCGGUGCAGAGGGGGGGCACCUUCCACAUGGGGGGCACCGGCACCCACAGCAGGCCUGCGGGCAGCAGCGUGGACAGCCUGCUGCGCCUGCGCGGGCGGCUGCUGCUGGACCACGAGGCUCUGUCCUGCCUGCUGGUGCUGCUCUUCGUGGACGAGCCCAAGCUGAACACCAGCCGCCUGCACCGCGUCCUGCGCAACCUCUGCUACCAUGCUCCCACGCGGGGCUGGGUGGUCCGCAGCCUGCUGUCCAUCCUGCAGCGCAGCAGCGAGAGCGAGCUGUGCCUCGAGACCCCCCGCGGGACCCCCGGGCCGGGCUCCGAGGAGCGGCCGCGGGGCCGAGGCGGCGGGAGCCGCGCCGGGCCCGGCUCUGCCGCGGAGCCGCGCGGGCUGGACCUGCUGCACCGCAUGGAAUCGCGCAGCUCCGGGCAGCUCUCCUGGCUCUCCGUGUCCAUGGACGCCGCCUUGGGCUGCAGGACCAACAUCUUCCAGAUCCAGCGCGUGCCCGGCCGCAAGCACACGGAGAAACACGCGGCGGCCGCCGGCUCCGCCGUCCACAUCCACCCCCAGGCCGCGCCCGUGGUGUGCCGGCACGUGCUGGACACCCUCAUCCAGCUGGCCAAGGUCUUCCCCAGCCACUUCACCCAACAACGAGGCCGAGACCCCGCCACCGACCCGGAGCGCGACCGCGGCCCCCCCAAAUCCGGGGGCAGCCCUUGCCCUCCCCCACCCCCCCAAACCCCCCCAGCACCUUGGCCCCUUGCCACUGAUGUAUGGCCUCUAUCGGCCGGGGGGGGCCUGGAGGCGUCGCCGCUGGGGCAGCUGAUGAACAUGCUGUCGCACGGCGUCAUCCGCCGCAGCCCCCUCCUCACCGAGAAGCUGCUGCGCCUCCUGUCCCUCAUCUCCAUCGCCCUCCCCGAGGGGGGCAAGGCCGGCGAGGGGGGGGCAGCGCCCCAGAACGGAGCCCCCGCCCCCCCCGCGCCCGCCCCGCCCGCUGCAGGGGGUGGGACAGGGACGGGGACGGGGGCGGCCGCAGCCCCCGGGAGCCCCCCGGGACAGGGGAGCAACGGAGGAGGAGGAGGAGCAGCCACGGCUGGAGGAACCGCGGCCCCUGCCAAGAGCUCCAAGUCUCCUGCCAAGGUCCCCGAGGGUGGCCCUGACCCCCGGCUGGCAGCCACAGGCCUGACCGAGAGCCAGCUCCAGCUCUCCGUGGAGGUGCUGACAUCACACUCGUGCUCGGAGGAGGGGCUGGAGGACGCGGCCAAUGUCCUGCUGCAGCUGUCACGGGGCGACGCGGGGACAAGGGACACGGUGCUGCGGCUGCUGCUCAGCGGGGCCCGGCAGCUGGGGGGGGCCCUGUGCCGCCAGAUCGGGACGCUGCUGGCUGAGCUCCGUGAGUACAACCUGGAGCAGCAGCGGCGGGCACAGCUCGAGGCCCCGUCCCCCGAGGGGCUCCCCGAGGAGCAGCCCCCCAGCGCCAAGCUCAAGGGCAAAAUGCAGAGCCGCUUCGACACGGCCGAGAGCGUGGUCAUCGUGGCGUCUCAGAAGCGCGCUCUGGGCGGCCGGGAGCUGCAGCUGCCCUCCAUGUCCGUGCUGACCUCCAAGACGUCCACGCAGCGCUUCUUCCUGCGCGUGCUGCAGGUCAUCAUCCAGCUGCGCGACGACACGCGCCGGGCGCACCGCAAGGCCAAGCAGCCCGGCCGGCUGGGCGCCGCGGGGCUGGGGGCGGCCGGCAGCAUCCAGGCCGCCGUCCGGCAGCUGGAGGCCGAGGCCGACGCCAUCAUACAAAUGGUACGUGAGGGCCAGAGGGCCCGGAGGCGGCAGCAGGGAGACACGUCGGAGGCCGGGCCCGCGGACGCCGUCCCCCGGCGCGAGGAGUCGCCCAUGGAUGUGGACCAGCCCUCGCCCGCGCCGCAGGACGUGGGCCCCGAGGCCGCACAGGGUGGGGACAGGGACAGGGACAGGGACAGGGAGGAGCGGCCCCCGGAGCUGCCCCUGCUGAGCGAGCAGCUGAGCCUGGACGAGCUGUGGGACAUGCUGGGAGAGUGCCUCAAGGAGCUCGAGGAGUCCCACGACCAGCACGCCGUGCUCGUGCUGCAGCCGGCCGUCGAGGCGUUUUUCCUGGUGCACGCCACGGAGCGCGAGAGCCGCCCGCCGGUGCGGGACACGCGGGAGAGCCAGCUGGCACACAUCAAGGACGAGCCACCCCCGCUGUCCCCCGCGCCCCUCACCCCCGCCACCCCCUCUGCCCUGGACCCCUUCUUCUCACGGGAGCCCUCGGCCAUGCACAUCUCGGCCAGCCUGCCCCCGGACACGCAGAAAUUCCUGCGCUUUGCCGAGACCCACCGGACGGUGCUGAACCAGAUCCUGCGGCAGUCCACCACGCACCUGGCCGACGGCCCCUUCGCCGUGCUGGUCGACUACAUCCGCGUGCUGGACUUCGACGUCAAGCGCAAGUACUUCAGGCAGGAGCUGGAGCGCCUGGACGAGGGGCUGCGCAAGGAGGACAUGGCCGUGCACGUGCGGCGCGACCACGUCUUCGAGGACUCGUACCGGGAGCUGCACCGCAAAUCCCCCGAGGAGAUGAAGAACCGCCUGUACAUCGUGUUCGAGGGCGAGGAGGGCCAGGACGCCGGGGGGCUGCUGCGGGAGUGGUACAUGAUCAUCUCCCGCGAGAUGUUCAACCCCAUGUACGCCCUGUUCCGCACGUCGCCCGGCGACCGCGUCACCUACACCAUCAACCCCUCGUCCCACUGCAACCCCAACCACCUGAGCUACUUCAAGUUCGUGGGCAGGAUCGUGGCCAAGGCCGUCUACGACAACCGGCUGCUGGAGUGCUACUUCACCCGCUCCUUCUACAAACACAUCCUGGGCAAGUCCGUGCGGUACACGGACAUGGAGAGCGAGGACUAUCACUUCUACCAGGGCCUCGUGUACCUGCUGGAGAACGACGUCUCCACGCUGGGCUACGACCUCACCUUCAGCACUGAGGUGCAGGAAUUCGGGGUGUGCGAGGUGCGGGACCUGAAGCCCAACGGGGCCAACGUGCUGGUGACGGAGGAGAACAAGAAGGAGUACGUGCACCUCGUGUGCCAGAUGCGCAUGACCGGCGCCAUCCGGAAGCAGCUGGCGGCGUUCCUGGAAGGCUUCUACGAGAUCAUCCCCAAGCGCCUCAUCUCCAUCUUCACGGAGCAGGAGCUGGAGCUGCUCAUCUCGGGGCUGCCCACCAUCGACAUCGACGACCUCAAGGCCAACACCGAGUACCACAAGUACCAGGGCAACUCCAUCCAGAUCCAGUGGUUCUGGCGUGCCCUGCGCUCCUUCGACCAGGCCGACCGCGCCAAGUUCCUGCAGUUCGUGACGGGCACGUCCAAGGUGCCCCUGCAGGGAUUCGCCGCCCUCGAGGGCAUGAACGGCAUCCAGAAAUUCCAGAUCCACCGCGACGACCGCUCCACCGACCGGCUGCCCUCGGCCCACACCUGCUUCAACCAGCUGGACCUGCCGGCCUACGAGAGCUACGAGAAGCUGCGGCACAUGCUGCUGCUGGCCAUCCAGGAGUGCUCCGAGGGCUUCGGGCUGGCCUAGGCCCGCGCCGGCCCCCGCAGGCCUCUAUAAAUAUAUAUAUAUUUUUUGGUUCCA